AUGGCGCCACCAACAACCCGCUCGGCCUCAUCCAGCGACGAGAACUCUGACCUCGAAGAGAGGUCAAUAAACGAACCUACACUUGCAGAUAUCCUCGCUGAAAUUCGCAAGCUCUAUGUCAAGCAAACAAGUCAUGACCCUGAGUUAGCAGAACUAAGCGUUAGAUUUUCGGAAGUUUAUGCAUCGGUAAAACUCAAUAAAGACUCCAGCGUGGCUGUGAAAAAUUGUGCACUGAGCGAUACUGAACCUAAAGUCUCUAAAUUUAUUGACAAGCCCAAGGGUCCAACUAAUUUUCCUCGAAGAGACCCACUUCUCAUCCCUGGACUUAAGUCUACAUAG